UCAAAUUCAAUCACAACUCUUCAGAAGAAAAAGCCUAGUGCCUUUUGAAUGUCAUCAGUUAAAAUUUCCAAGCACCACAAAAAGUGCAAAAGACCCACCAGUCACUCUCUUUAUCCACUUCUGCGCAAUGACCCCUUGCCAAAUGCACCAAAAGGCGAUCACUUUCAUGGCACUUUCAGUUAAAGCUAACCCCUUUAUGCUCAUGGAAGGUGGAGAAGGGUUUUGUUUAUUCUUUGUAGAGGCGAUUCAAAACCUAUGUCAAAUUUCCCAUUUCUAUGGCCUACCAUUCUGUUUCACUUGUUUUUGAUAUUGGCUCCGAGUUCAAGCCUUGACAAUUUGAAUGGUCACACAAAACAUAGACGCGAGGUGAUUGUUACUCAUCAUGGCGUUGUUGCGACUGAUGAUGGGCGUUGUUCCAAGAUAGGGAUGGAUGUUCUUCGUGCCGGAGGUCAUGCUGUUGAUGCUUCUGUUGCUGCUGCUCUUUGUUUAGGAGUUGUCAGCCCAGCAUCAAGUGGCCUUGGAGGUGGAGCAUUCAUGUUGAUCAGGCUAGCCAGUGGGAAAGCGCAAGCGUUUGACAUGAGAGAAACUGCUCCGAUGAAAGCUUACAAGAAUAUGUAUGCCAGCAAUGCUUCUCUAAAGACUAGCGGCAUCCUCUCUGUAGCAGUUCCUGGUGUACUCGCAGGCCUUCACAAAGCUUGGGAGCAACACGGGAAGCUUCCAUGGGAAAGGCUUGUGAAGCCAGCAGAAGUUCUUGCUCGUAGAGGGUUUAAAAUUUCUCCAUACCUUCACAUGCAGAUGGAGAAAGCAAAAUCAGGGAUCUUAGCAGAUAAUGGACUGCAGAGUAUAUUCACAUCAAACGGUGAACUUUUGCAGUUAGGUGAUAUUUGCCGCAACAAAAAACUAGCGAAGUCACUGAAAGCAAUAUCAAAAUAUGGCUUGAAAGCAUUCUAUAAUGGAUCAAUUGGUUUUCAAUUGGUAAAAGAUGUUCAAAAGGCUGGAGGGAUAUUAACAAUAAAGGACUUGCAAAGAUAUGCAGUUAAAGUGAGAGAUCCAAUUUCGGCUUACAUUCGAGGCCUUAAAGUAAUGGGAAUGCCACCUCCUUCUUCCGGAGGUGCUACAAUGAUACUUAUGUUAAACAUUCUUGCUCAAUAUGGAGUUCCUUCAGAUGUUUCAGGCCCCCUAGGUAUCCAUCGCCAAAUCGAAGCUCUGAAACAUAGUUUUGCUGUGAGGAUGAAUCUCGGUGAUCCAGAGUUUGUUAAUGUUUCUAAAGUUUUAUCCGAUAUGCUCUCGCAUAAUUUUGCACAGACAUUAAAGAAAGCUAUAUAUGACAACAUGACUUUUGAUGCUUGGCACUAUGGUGGCAGGUGGAAUCAAAUCCAUGACCAUGGCACUAGUCAUGUGUCCAUUGUAGAUCAUGAUCGAAAUGCUGUCUCCAUGACUAACACAGUGAAUGCAUACUUUGGAGCAAAAGUAUUAUUGCCAAGUACAGGAAUAAUCCUCAACAAUGAAAUGGAUGAUUUCUCUAUCCCUUCAAAUGGUGAUAAAAAUACCCCACCACCAGCUCCAGCUAAUUUCAUCAGACCAGGGAAAAGGCCUUUAUCAUCCAUGGCACCUACCAUAGUAUUGAAGGAUGAGAAACUGAAAGCUGUGAUAGGUGCCAGUGGCGGAGCCAUGAUUAUUGCCGGAACUGCUGAGGUUUUCUUGAAUCAUUUUUUCCGCGGAAUGGAUCCUUUUUCUUCAGUAAUGGCACCAAGAGUCUACCAUCAGCUGAUACCAAACACGGUGUAUUAUGAGAAUUGGACGACAGUGAUCGGCGAUCACUUUGAAAUUCCAACCGAGAUCAGGACAUCUCUUCAAAAGAAGGGCCAUGUUCUCGAAAGCCUUGCAGGUGGAACCAUAUGCCAAUUUGUGGUACAAGAAUUCGAGUCUGGAAAGCUUGUGGGUAUUAGUGACCCAAGAAAAGGAGGAUUUCCGGCUGGUUUUUGAUACUGAAGGAUUUUUUUUUUUUUUUAGGUUACUGAUGGCCUCCAAACAUCAGCUUUAAUUAAACAUCCACAUCAAAGUACACCAUGAAAGAAAAUUAUGCUUCUUACAAAUGUAUUGUUCGAACCAAAUAUGUUUAAGUUCAACUAAAAAUAUCAUGAUAUUGAUUACAUAAUAAUAAGAAGUUUAUGAUUUAUUA